UGAGUCGGUCUCUGCCGGUGGCCGGCUCAGGGCUGUCUGCGACGAUCCCCGGAGAGCUCAUAAAUGUCGAAAGUAUUUCCUGUGACACGUAAGAACCCCUGACUGUGGAAGUGCCGCGCAAGCACCAUUGACUCUCAAGUGAGGCAAAGUAUGAGAGAGCCGUCUGGUUGAGUUUACAACUGGAAGACCGCCGCGCCCGCCAGGAGACCCGGGAUGGAGCCGCACCAGAGCACCCCCCUCACCUUCCCUGAGAAACGGUGUCCAGAGAAGUCACCGCCUGGCUGCAGGAAACAUUAUACUGUCAGGAAAAAACUGAAGUUGAUCCGAAUCUUAGGCCUUUUCGUGGGCCUGGUAGCCAUCAGCGUGGUCCCAUUUGCAAUCGGUGUCUUUUCUGAGACAGAGACACAGAGCCCAGGAGAGGCCAGUGGUGCACAGGGCCCCGGGGUGGCACCCAGUUACCGGCAGAGAACUCUCUUAGAUUUAAAUGACAAGAUUCCGGAUUACACUUCACAGCCACCUCUUUCUGAGGAAGGCACAUCUGAGAAUAGUACCGAGGAGGAGCAAGGAAACUAUCCAAGAGACAUCUUUUCCCUCGAGGAGCGAAGAAAAGGCGCCAUCCUUCUCCACGUCAUUGGCAUGAUCUACAUGUUCAUCGCCUUAGCCAUUGUCUGCGAUGAGUUCUUUGUUCCUUCUUUGACUGUCAUCACUGAAAAGCUGGCCAUCUCUGAUGAUGUUGCCGGAGCCACCUUUAUGGCUGCUGGGGGCUCGGCCCCAGAACUUUUCACGUCUCUCAUCGGGGUGUUCAUUGCUCACAGCAAUGUCGGCAUAGGCACGAUUGUGGGCUCGGCGGUGUUCAAUAUCCUCUUCGUUAUUGGCAUGUGUGCCCUGUUCUCCAGAGAAAUCUUGAACCUGACGUGGUGGCCACUCUUUCGGGAUGUGUCCUUCUACAUCAUUGACCUGAUCAUGCUGAUCAUAUUUUUCCUGGACAAUAUCAUCGUGUGGUGGGAAAGCUUGCUUCUCCUAACAGCCUACUUUGUCUAUGUGAUCUUCAUGAAAUUCAACGUCCAGGUGGAAAGAUGGGUGAAGCAAAUGAUAAGCUGCAAUAAAAUCGUCAAGGUGGCAGCACCAGAGGCCCAAGCAAAGGGCUCCAAAACAGUCCUGGAACUGGGGUGUUCAGCAAGACAGCUGAAAGUAGCAACUGGUGGGGACCAGAGUCAGACUCAAAGAAGAGAGCAGCAGUCAAAGCCAGAGAAUACGUCAUCUACAGUCAGGGACAAGGAUGAACCGACUCUGCCGGCCAAGCCACGUCUCCAGCGAGGUGGAAGCUCUGCCUCCCUCCACAACAGUCUCAUGAGGAAUAGCAUCUUCCAGCUCAUGAUACACACCCUCGACCCACUCGCUGAAGAACUUGGAUCAUAUGGAAAACUAAAAUAUUAUGACACAAUGACUGAAGAAGGGAGGUUCAGAGAAAAGGCUUCCAUUCUCCACAAGAUUGCCAAGAAGAAGUGCCAGGUGGAUGAGAACGAGAGGCAGAAUGGGGCUGCCAAUCACGUGGAAAAAAUCGAGCUCCCCAACAGCACCAGCACAGAGGUUGAAAUGACGCCAUCCAGUGAUGCUUCCGAGCCCGUGCAGAACGGCAACCUCUCCCACGGCAUUGAAGCUGUGGAGGCCCAGCAGACCACAGAAACGGGUGAUGACGAGGAUGACCAGCCUCUCAGCCUGGCCUGGCCCCCCAACCCCCGCAAGCAAGUCACGUUCCUCAUUGUCCUCCCCAUAGUGUUUCCUCUCUGGCUUACCUUGCCUGAUGUCCGCAAACCUUCAGCAAGGAAGUUUUUCCCCAUCACAUUCUUCGGCGCCAUCACCUGGAUCGCUAUAUUCUCUUACUUAAUGGUCUGGUGGGCACACCAGGUUGGAGAGACAAUUGGCAUUAGUGAGGAGAUUAUGGGUCUGACCAUCUUGGCUGCUGGGACCUCCAUCCCUGAUCUUAUCACCAGUGUCAUAGUGGCCCGGAAGGGGCUUGGGGACAUGGCUGUAUCCAGCUCUGUCGGAAGCAACAUUUUUGACAUCACCGUAGGGCUCCCGCUGCCCUGGCUCCUGUACACCAUGAUCCACAGGUUCCGGCCGGUGGCCGUGAGCAGCAACGGCCUCUUCUGUGCCAUCGUCCUGCUCUUCAUCAUGCUGCUCUUCGUCAUCCUCUCCAUCGCCCUCUGCAAGUGGCGGAUGAACAAAGUGCUGGGCUUCAUCAUGUUCGGCCUCUACUUCGUGUUCCUCGUGCUCAGCGUCCUCCUCGAAAACCGGAUUCUCACGUGCCCGAUCUCCAUCUAGAGGGAAAGCCAUAUCUUGAACCAGCAGCCCGGGUGGGCCACCCCCCACCCCCAGCUCUGGGUUCUAGACUCCCUGAUGUCUGGAGAAGAGGCAGCGGGCACCCAGCCCGGGCAUGUGGCGGGUCCCUCCAUGGAGGACGUGAGAGGGGUGGAC